AUGAAGCUGGAUAGCACACCAGGAGACAUGAGUGGGUGGAGGGAAAUGGACUUCGCUCUCAACUGCACCUACAUCGUGCCAGACCAGGUGUCGGACCCCAGCUUCAGCCUGCCCAAAGCCAUGACCUCCAUCCCACGCAACCUCACUUUCGAAUACGGCACAGACAAUGAGGUGACAGGCGUGUUCAGUAAAGAAUACAUUCCUCAGGGGACUCGAUUUGGCCCCCUGCAAGGAGACAUCUACACCAAAGACAACGUCCCCAAACAGGCCAACAGAAAAUACUUCUGGAGGAUUUACAGCGGCGGGCAGCUUCAAAACUUCAUUGAUGGCUAUGACGUCCACAGGAGCAACUGGAUGCGAUAUGUCAACCCAGCACGCUCUCUGGCCGAACAGAACCUGGUGGCAUGCCAGAAUGGCCGGGAAAUCUACUUCUACACCAUCCGACCAGUAGAGCCCAAACAGGAGCUGCUCGUGUGGUACAGCCAGGAGUUUGCGCAGAGACUCUGCAGUCAGCAGGACGACAUCAAACAGAAAUACAUGAGUUCUGAUGAAGACCAUGAGCCAGAGUAUACCAAACAGCACCUACCUCAGCAGACAUGGUUCAAAGAAAGAACAAAGGAAGAAGUGAAAGAUGAGAGGGAUGAUGAAGGAGAGGAGAAGAUCGACGUGGAGAUGUUGGAGAGAGACACUCCCCCUGACACGCCUGACGACCAAAUCAUGGACUUCAGCAAAAAGAUUGAAAAGGAGGAGAAGAGCGACAGGGAUCCAGAGGACCGGGGGAUCAUUCCCUCUCCUCAGCCUGAGCACAGAGAACCAAGUCUGGGAUUGAAUCACCCAUACUUGCCAGAACACCACCCUGCACUCCAAUCUGGGCACCGAAAUCUCCCCCUUCACCUUCACGGCCUCUACGGCCACAGAGAGGGGCUGGUGUCAUCUUAUCCCCUUUACCCUCAGUCCAGACCCCUCCAGCCCACUUACCCUCUCCUUCCUCCAUAUGGCCCCCACUAUCCUCGCCUCCUCCUCCCCUCAUACUCCCCUCCAUUUCCUGGGAUGCUGCCUUCAAGAGGAUCCCUCCGGUACAGCAACUACCUGAGCACAGACGGACUCCCGUAUCCCCCAAUCGGCCCACCUAAUCUACUUCCAGUGUCCCUCCCUUACCCUCCAUCGCCGCAUGGAGGUCUGAAAGAACUAACCCCGAAUGUGUCACCACCACGAGGUGCCCCAGCCACCCCAGAGCUCUCCCCUCUCCCCAAGCCAAGCAGCCAGCACCAGUCCCCUGAGCAGUCUCCCUCUGGCUGCGAGGAGGCCAUGAACCUAACCCUGGCUACAACCAAAAGCAAUCCAGCGCCACGUAAUGGCCCUGGCCACAAAUCCCUACCUUACCCACUGAAGAAGCAGAAUGGAAAGAUCAAGUAUGAAUGUAACAUCUGUGCAAAGACUUUCGGACAGCUGUCAAACCUCAAGGUCCAUCUCCGAGUGCACAGUGGUGAGAGACCGUUCCAGUGUAAUUUAUGUAAAAAGAGCUUCACUCAGCUGGCCCAUCUCCAGAAACAUCACCUGGUCCACACAGGAGAGAAACCACAUGAAUGUCAGGUGUGUCACAAGCGCUUCAGCAGCACCAGCAACUUAAAAACACACCUACGACUACACUCUGGGGAAAAACCUUACCAGUGCAAGCUGUGCAGCACGAAGUUCACCCAGUACAUCCACCUCAAACUGCACCGCCGCCUCCACAGCAGCCGCGACCGUCCCUACCGCUGCCAGCUUUGUGCCCAGGCCUUCUUCCACCGCUUCUCUCUUCGUAUCCACCAGCGUAGCUGCUGCCUGGCUAACGCUCCAGUCAAUGUACACAUUAAAGAAAUGGUGGAGCGGUUUGACGCUAGCCAAGAGGCCGACACGCUCACUGAGGCGGCAACGGCGCCACAGGUGGAAGAGGCUGUUGAGCGAUGGCUGGCUCGUACGUUGGAAGGCGAAGGGAAGGAGGACCAGAAGGAGGCCACCCUACUGCUGAAAGCUCUGACGGUGGCUAUUAAUGCACCAACAAUGCCUAUGGCCCAAUCAGCUGUACCUGCUUCACACCACAGCCCCCCUCUAGCCUAUCAGGAGAGGGCCAGCGUUGUUCAUCUCCACAAACGGCCAACAGUGAAGACAGAAGGACAGUGAGAGGGGAUUGAAAGAACACUUGUAGUGGUAGGAAAUACAAAGAUGGACAUACAGCAUACCAUCAAUCAGGAAAACAGAUGUCGCCAAAUAAAACUCUAUUUUGUCCAAGAGGGACACAACGGGGAAUAUGAGCUUUCCCAAUCCAAUGAGCGCAGCACCAAAAGAAGAGCAUUCCAAAGACUGGGUUAGGGUAUUCAGUGAUUGUACUUCCUCCCAAAAAACUCAGUUUAAAAAAUGAAAAGUGGGCAGAUGUUGCUAAGCUGUGAAGUAUUUAAAAAGUCUUUUCACUCAGGUAGACAAGUGUUUGCUUUUUUGUGCGUUAACUUAUUACUUUUUGGAAAAUUCUAGUUGUCUAUAUUUAUUUAGUUGUAUGAUAUUUUGUUUUUUCUGUUAGUUUUUUUUUUUUUUUCUUCCUUUUUGUUGACAUUUCCAAGGAGAUUUGAUCUCUGGGGAAAACCACAAGUGAACUCAACAAUAACUUGUCACAGUUCAUUGUGCAUUGUUUAACUUUGUGUGACGGUGUGUUUGACCUUCUGGGUGCGUGUGUGAGACGAGUGGAAGUAUAUAUGAAAGUCAGUGCACAAUGAUGACACAAAACACCUUCCUGCUCCCCAACUGUUUGCAAUGUUUUAUUUAUUUAUAAUUAAAAAGGGAAAAUCGAGUAUUGUUAAAAUGUGUGUUAAUAAGCAUUUGCCAAAAUGAUAAUCAAAGAACAUGAACACGUAGAACCGUUAUUUUUGGAUCAGUUAUUCAGCUAAUUUAAACAUUAGAAGGGUAAAAAAAUAUUCAGACAGAGCAUUAGCAUUUUUUCUUCAGCAUCCAGCAACUUCUUUAGACAUCAAAGUAUACAGGCAUACUGUGCAGAAGAAAACCAAAUGAUUCUCUCUCACUGUAUUGUUUUUAGUCCAAACUUAAUGCUGAGUCACUACAGUAAGUGGAUGUAUUUAUGUAGCUUUUCACUGGAUUCAAAUGUUCCAGAUAUUUCUUACAUACAAAGCUUUACUGUAAAUAUUUUUGAACACAAGCUUAAUCCAAAUCUUACUGUAAUUCAGACAUAUCAGUCAGAGGGUCAAUAUACUGCUUUUAGUACAGGCUUAUAUUGCAAACUCAGGUGACUAGCUUUAACUGACUCUAACAGUGGGCACAUUGGUACCUCAUACCCAGCAUUGGACAAUAAAAAUGAGCAACACAGGAGGAGACAUUUCUUUAUAUUGUUAAUAUUGCAACUAGAUCUGUGUGCUUUUGGUGUUAUGAAAAACCAGAAGGUGGGAAACAUUCUUGAAAAUUUUACUACUGAGUCAGUAAUGUACGUCUUUUUAUGAUUUCUUAGGGUUUUUUUGUACCAUAUGUUUAUCUAUGUAGUUUAUUUUUGGAAACAGGUUAUGAGAUGUUGAGAAUUUAUAUG